CAACUCGCGCAGGUCAGCCGAUUAGUAUUCCGCUAGUAGUGCCCAUUGGCGCAUCACUUAGACUUAGUACUGCACGGCACGACGUGUAUUCUCCGAUCGGUUGUAAAAUUUGCGAUAGAUAACACUUCAUCUCUGCCGGUAUGCAAAUUACAGCGAUAGUUAUUUUACUCUUUACCAUUCACUUUCACUUCUUAACAGGCACAUCCCAUCAACUCAAAUGUUCACACGCAAUUGUGUUCCAAAAAAUCCUUGGCCUACGACCAGCACGACAAGGGCGAACCACAAGCGACACGUUGCCACUCUAUGUUGCCAAUCCGUCUCGGCCGGGGGAGGCGGUCAACGUGAAAUGCGCUCAAAUAUGUCGCGAAGAUCCAACCUGUUACGGAUAUUUGCUAGUGUUCAGUCAAAACAUUUGCUACGGAUAUACAGCUAACGCAACUGUCGUAGCCACCGCCGCAGCAGCAGCAGCAGCAGCAACAACAUCAACAACAACAACAAUCAGUGAGACUUAUUACGACUACAUUGACGAAAGUAGUCACCAAUUAGUGGCCGAUGUGAACGUUGCGUUUUUCGUGAAGACCUGCCUCGACGUUCCGCACAAAUGUGUCGCCAGAAAACUAUUCCCGCUCGUGACCAUCCCCGGCGCAAGUUUGGUCGGCCAGAAUUUCGUCCAGCUAGCGCAGCUGGUAACCCGGAACGGGUGCAUGAAUGCGUGUCUGCGGGAGCGGAAAUUUGCCUGCCGAUCGGCAAGAUUUGUGCACUCGUUCCGAAACAAUCGACAUCGGCUGUGGGAGAAGAGCGGGAAGCUCCAGCUUGGGCAGUGUUUUCUCAGCCGCAACGAUCGAUUCACCAGUCCGGAAUCGUUCCGGCGCAGCUGGGAGGACGAGGAGUAUCUGGAGAAUCAGUGUCACGGGUUGGAGCCCGCGAGCGCGGAUUGCUCGUUCGAGCAGCACCGUGAUGUGGCAUUUAUUUAUCCCGAUGAGUCACUUGUUGUUGCAGAUGAGCGAAGCUGCGCCGAACGAUGCUUGAACGAGGAAUUGUUCACGUGUUUAGGGUACACAUACCGAAACUCGUCCAACAACCACAGGGAGCCACCGAUUUGUUUCCUCCACUCGGAUGAUUUGAUAACGCUUGGGCCCAAAGCGGUUCGAGUUACGUUCAACUCGGUCUACUCCAGGCGACUGUUGUGUUUGAAUGUGCAGACGCAAUGUCACGACGAUCGGAUUAAGUUGGACUAUGAAUCGGAUGUGCUCUUCGAGGGUAGGGUAUAUUUGAACACCGCGCAUACCAAUUGCAGUCGGGAAUCGGAGCAUAACGGGACAUUAUCUUUGGAAAUAACAACCGGUGAUGAAAUCACAGAAUCGCGCUGUGGCAUCCGAAGGGCGUUCAUCAAAGGGAAUGUGCAAAAGACGAUUUCAUUUGGAGUUGCUCUAAUGCAAACAUGCUUUUCUAGCUUCCUCGUGUUUGGCUAUGUUUGCAUACAGACACACCCUUUGGUGCGAACUCAAGCAGAUCGAAUGCUCAAAGUAGGUUGUAUUCACACACUGAAAUCACCCAACAUGACCAGCCUGAUGAAAACUCUACCGAUGAGAUCCACCGUGGAUUUCAUUCCGCACAGUCAGUCGUUCAGCUUUGGGUCGAUAGAAAUCAGCAACGGAACGAGUAAAGCUCUCAAACACUUGACCACUCACCUGAUUGAUGUCGAAACGCAGGCAGAAAUCUUCGAGGCUACCAUCGGACAGUUGAUCGAGAUGCAAAUACUGUCGGCGGAUCGUGACUUCGACCUCUCGCCGUAUAGCUUAGUUGCGUAUACUUUGGACGAAACACUCUCACUGCUGGACGAUAAGGGAUGCCCUCUGGACAGGCGGUUAUUCCCCGGCUUUCGGAAGCAAAAAACAUCCACCGGAAUAACACUGAGCGCACGCUUUCAUGCGUUCGUGUUCCCCAGCUCGAGGACGUUACAAUUCCGGCUUACAAUCAAAUUUUGCCACGAUGUGUGCCCCAAAGUGGUGUGCUUUUAUCAAUAAACUAUAUUUAGUAACAUAUU